AUGGUACAUAGUAAGCCGUAUUGUAAAUGUUGACUAUUUUUUAGUUUUACACAAAUAAGACCUUAUUAACGUCAGCAAAACUGGCAUUAUUUGAUUUGAUAAACUACAGAGCUCUUUAUUUGCCGAGAGCCCGAACAUUAAGAUUUUCUGGUGCACUAGAGUGUUUUAAUGCAUCACUCAGGCUGCUGGGGCAGCGCAGCCAGGGAGUCAGAGAAGGACACGUGACCGGCGGACAGCUCCAGGCGGGACUUGCAUGCACUCUACCCUCCGCCCGCGAGGGGGCUGCAGUCUGGCUGCCCCUCUUCUGCUGCUUCCCCGCCCCGCCUCGGGAGAGCUGCAUCCGGGGCUUCCGGACGUUGUACGCGCCGUCCCUCUCUUCCCUCCCCGCCUCGCUCGGGUCUGCCGCUUCUCAGGCUGUAGACUUCUGCUCCUUUCACCGCAGGCUGCUGGGGCGCUGGUGGCCAUGUCAGCGGCAGGGACGGUUGCAGGCCGCGGCCUGAAAGCGGCGGCUCCCUACCUGCCCCCCGCCGGGGACGGGCAGGGCAGCCGGGGGAGCUUCCUGGGCCCCCGUCCCCCGGCCGCGGUGGAGGCCAUGGCCCGGCAGCUGCGGGGCUUGGACAGGGACUUGUUCCGGCAGCUGCUGAAGGUGGUGGUGAGCGCCCUGCAGGGCGAGGACUGCCGGGAGGCCACGCGGCGUCUCGUGGACUCGUCGCCGUUGUCGGAGGCGCAGCUCGGCGCCGUGGUCGCGGGCAUGUACGCGCUGCUUCGGGAGGCCCUGCGGCUGCCGGCGUCCGCCCUCAAGCCCGACGCCUUCAGGGAAGACCUGCAGCAGCUCCAGGUGCCCGACGAGUUUGUGACGGAUUUCGCCAACGUGGUCUUCGGCGGCCGGCGCCCCGACCUGGACGGCCUGGCGCGCGAGCGGGGCGCCCGGCUGCCCACGGUGGCGGACUUCAGGUGGAGGGUGGACGUGGCCAUCUCCACCAGCUCGCUGGCCCGCUCCCUGCAGCCGUCCAUCCUGAUGCAGCUGAAGCUCUCGGACGGGAAGGCGCAUCGGUUUGAAGUGCCUGUAGCCAAGUUUCAAGAACUAAGGUACAACGUUGCCUUGAUCCUGAAGGAAAUGAAUGACCUAGAAAAGAGGUGCAUUCUUAAAAUCCAGGACUGACGCCCGCCGCCUGUGAUUAAGUUCGGCGACUCCCCAAGAAGCCCCCUCUUAAUACAGACAGAACCCGGAAUCAUGAAGCAUAAUGUCUCUCAACAUUGUAUCAUUUCUCUUACUGUACUGUAAAUAUUUUUCAAUUAAAUAUUGGUUGAGAAAAACAACCUUAAGUGAGGGUUUUUUCCUCAAAAAAAAAUCCUUAAGAAGAUGACCGUUUAUGUUUAAAAUGUUUUGUAUGAUUCAUAAGGAAACACUUUAACUAAUAAAGACUGGAGACUUUCUAAGAAAAAAGAUGAACCAUCACAGGACUGGUGUAUAUCAGCUGUUCUUAUUCCGAUGAAGAGCCAGUGUGUCACAAUUGCCUUCUGUGAAUGGGCUUUUGUAGACUAGUUAAGUGAUUAAUAAUGUCUGGUUUAAUGCAAGACAACUGGAGUCUCAUCUGCUUCUGCAUUCAACCUAUUGUGUUAUAUUGUUUUAGUUGGAAGUUUAUGAAGAAAAUCACACAGGUGUGUAGUUGGAAAAGAGGAGUGUUUUAAAAGGUAAAAAUAUCUUAGUGUUACUGUGAAAAUAGUUUUAACCAAGUGGACUCCCUGAAAGGGUUUCAGUGACCCCCUGGGAUCAUGAUCAAGACUGAGAACUACUGCUAUACAAAAACCUUGUUCUUAACCUCUAAAUUUUCUCAUAAUUUUGUAAAAAAAACAAGCCACUUUUUUUUUAAACAGACUGUUAGUCUUUUAUUCUCAUACUUGAAAAGGGAGCUACACCCUCAUAUUUCUCGGUACAAGUGAUUAUGAAACAUGCAAUAUGUUCUGACUAUGAGGAGAACAACUUUCAACUUUUACUUUUAGACUCAGGAAAGAGCCCAUAAUUUGCAGUGAUAGGAAAUGAAUUUGAUUCUUGGCCCUGCCACUUAAUACUUGGCAGGAGGGUUGGAUUAGAUCACCUCUCGAGACCCUUUUUGCUAGACCAUUGUUAUAUCCGGACAUCAGUAGAGCUCCAUUGGCAUAGAAUGCAGUACAUUAUCCCACACUAUAUCAUUUUUUUUUAAAUCUAUCAGUUGGAAAUUUUUUCUUGUGGCAUUGUUAUUAUUAGGUUUGCAGGAUAAGCAGAUUUCCAUAGCAUUGGCUUCACCAAUAUAUUGAAUAGAUAAUCCAUCUUUAAUUAUGCAUGUUUCAUCUACUUAAAAUACAAAAUUGAAAGAUUUAUGUUUCUCAUUUGA